AGACUGAGAGGCAGCUGCAGCGACGUUCAGAAACACGCACCGCGCAGGACAGCUGCACACGAUUUCUUCUGCUGGCUUAUUCUAACAACUUUCCUCUUAUUUUGUUGUUCUUUUUCAAACCCAUUUCCUGGAUAAAGGAGUAUUUGGCGAGUAUCUUUGAAGGAUGACACUUUGGGUAUUUCUUAUUUCAUAAAAGGGUUUGUUUUUGCGACGGAGGACGCAUCUUUUGCGCGCUGCUGAUUUUGGAUUAACGCACUUUAUUCUGCUCAAUUUAUCAUCAUGAAAUGUGCAGAUAAAUGAAACUAAACCCCGCGCCCGCUCCCCGCAUGUCAUUGGCUCUGUUUACGCCCAGACCCAGAUGAGAGAUCUCCCUCGUGGAUCUGAAGUGCUUUUACGCAGUCAGUCCCCGGAGCGCAGCGGUGAUCCACACCGGAGAAGAGCAGAGAGCGCGUCUUCUCCCAAACCUGCGUCUCUUCUUUCUCCCUCGGACCCGUCACGUCAAGCUAAAAGGCUUCCUGUCCGCAUUGUAAAUAUGUUGACGGCUCACAGCGGUCACCUGCUGCACCCGGAGUACCUACAGCCCCUCACCUCUGCGCCGGUUAGCAUUGAACUGGAUGCCAAGAAGAGUCCUUUGGCUCUGCUGGCCCAGACCUGCUCUCAAAUUGGCAAACCUGACCCUCCCUCCUCCUCCAAGUUGACCUCCCUCUCUGCUGGCGCUCUAGGAGACAAGGAGUCGUCUGGCAGGUCAUCCAAGCCCGGGGAGCAGCACCAGUCCUUGGAUGACAAAUCCAGCUUCAAGCCCUACUCAAAGUCAUCAAGUGACUGUCGUAAAGAUGUGACAAAGGGGGCAUCGGAUAAAGCAGCUUUAAGAGUGCCGAAUGGAAAUUCCAGUGGAGAAAAUACUCCAUGUCAAUCUUUUUCCUCCCAUUCCAGAUCACCAAACUCCAGCUCUCCUCUGCCCCAAAGAAAGAGCCAUUCCCCUUCCAUGCAGCCUUCAUCACACUCCCAGACACCGCAUACAGACAGCAAACCGGAGCAGGCGAGCUUGGAUAAUAGCAGCAAUGCACCUGGCAAAAAAGACUCUGAUGUAGCAAAGCCAAGUUUGGAUAGUGCUCACUUAGCCAACUCAAGCCAAGUAAGGGCCAGUGCAAACUCAAGCAAUGCCAGCUCAGCCAGCAGCCCACGGCCAGAGAGCAAGACGGACCCUCAGGGCUCUUCCCAGCCUGCUCUCAGCUCUGGACACAUUGCUCCAGUCUCUCCAUUUAAACCAGGACAUUCUGUCUUCCCCUUACCCCCAGCUACUAUGGGAUACCACGGUUCUAUUGUAGGGGCCUACACCAGCUAUCCCUCACAUUUUGUUCCCAGCUUGGAUCCCACCAAGUCCAGUUUGGGCUUAGGAAUUCAAGGAAAGCACCCCAGCUCCAGCCCCCUAACCGGAGCUUCCCCACCAUCUCUGAUGCAAGGUUUGUGUCGAGACCCUUACUGUUUGAGUUACCCCAACGCCCCCCACCUUGGUGGUAGUAACUGCUCCACGUGUAUCCAUGACCCUUCAAGCCUCAAGUCAGGUUUUCCUCUGGUUUACCCCUCACACCACCUUCACUCCUUACACUCUGGCUCCCUGUCAUCCAGCAGCACACCCUCCCUUUCCCACCCCCUUUACACAUAUGGUUUCAUGGUCCCAAAUGAGCCCCUUCCGCAUGCUUGUAACUGGGUAUCUGUCAGUGGGCCUUGUGAUAAGCGUUUUGCCACAUCAGAGGAGCUUUUGGCUCAUUUGCGUACCCACACUUCCCUGCCUGGGAUGGUGGACAGCAAGCUGCUAUCAGCCUAUCCCUCAGUUUCUUCUUCAGCCUCAUGCCAUCUUCACUUGCCCCCUCCCAGCAGCCCCGGAGCUCUGCCCAGCUCCUUCUCUCUACGAGGCUCCCCAGGAUUAGGCUUGGCACGUUACCAUCCCUAUGGCAAAUCACACUUGCCAGGCAACCCAGGACUUCAAAUGCCAACUCUUCCCUCUUCCUCAGCCUACUACUCCCCCUAUGCCCUCUACAGCCAGAGACUUGGAUCUGCCUCGGCCCUGGGAUAUCAGUGAUUAACCCAAACACCAUAAUCACUCAUCUUCCACAGGCACCAGCUUGGACUGUUGAGACUGAAAUAAAGAUAGAUUCAUGUGAGUGAGGUCAUUGUAAGUGCAAGGCAUCAUGCCAGUUGGCCUGCCAGGAAUACCACCUGUUUGCCUCAGGAUCGUGACCAAUGCUCCAGAGGGAAAAGGCCUCCGAAAGAUUGUCUGCAACAGAAUCCAAGAGACCAACAGACUUUGAUUAAAGACAGCAGAAAUCUGAUCUUGAAAAAUAUGAGAUUAUCUCCUGAGUUUGGAGUUUUGCUUUGAUUUUAAAACGUCUUCUCUCCAGAAUUAAAAAUCUGUAUUUAUUUUGUAUUGAAGCGCUUUGUUUUCCGCUAAAGAACAGGGGUGACUUUCUGAAGUUUUCCAAGAGAGAAAGAUUGAUUUAACUAUAGUACCGUUUUUAUCAUAACAUUGACAAAUAAAAAUAUAGAUUAAUUGUGAGGCUUAAUUCUAAGGAGCUGUUUUGUUAGAUCUCCUUCACUGUCUCCCAUUUUCUGUUUUGUUUUUCAUUUCCUGAAAUCAUCGAUUGCGUACGGCCACUUCAGAGAUUUGCAUGUCUGAGAAAUAUCUUGAACAAUGCAACAGUUAUUUCUAUUUGUAAAUAUACAAAGAUGUAAUAUUUUUUCAAGCUUACAAGAGAUCAGCAAGUUGUUGAGAUGUCACCUAUGAAUAUGGUGCAAAAUUAAAAAUGACAUGAACAAAAAUAAUGGCUGUCCUGUCUGACCAACAGGAAAAGGUCAUAUUUUGAAUAAAUGAUUCUUGGUU